GGCUGGCGCCCAGUGCCUGAGGUCCUUACCAUGGUGAUGAUCCUAAGUCAAAGCCUCGACAAGCAGGGAGCUGACCCCGUAGCGUGCAGGACCUUCAUCCCUGAGCUGCACACGCCAAAGAAGAUGAGUCAAGGACCGACACUUUUCUCUUGUGGAAUUAUGGAAAAUGACAGAUGGCGAGACCUGGACAGGAAGUGCCCUCUUCAGAUCGACCAGCCGAGCGCCAGCAUCUGGGAGUGCCUGCCCGACAAGUGUCAGGACAGCGCUCUGUGGCACCGGGAGGCCGCGACUGCCUGCGCGGUCACCAACCUGAUCAAAGACCUCAGCCUCAGUGACCACAACGGGAACCCCUCGGCGCCCCCCAGCAAGCGCCAGUGCCGGUCGCUGUCCUUCUCCGACGAGAUGUCCAGCUGCCGAACAUCGUGGAGGCCCUUGGGGUCCAAAGUCUGGACUCCUGUUGAAAAGAGGCGCUGUUACAGCGGGGGCAGCGUCCAGCGCUACUCCAACGGCUUCAGCACCAUGCAGAGGAGCUCCAGCUUCAGCCUCCCGUCCCGCGCCAACGUGCUCUCCUCGCCCUACGACCAGGCGGGACUUCACCACAGAUUUGGCGGUCAGCCCUGCCAGGGGGCGCCGGGCUCGGCCACCUGCAGACAGGCAGGUGACAUCUGGGGCCCCGACCCGAGCCCCGUGGGCGGGGCCCGACUGGACAUGCAGCGGUCCCUCUCCUGCUCGCACGAGCAGUUCUCCUUUGCGGAGUACUGUCCCCCUUCAGCCAGCAGCACCCCUGCCUCGACGCCGGAGCUGGCCAGACGCUCCAGUGGGCUCUCCCGCAGCCGCUCCCAGCCGUGUGUCCUUAACGACAAGAAGGUCGGCGUUAAGCGGCGUCGCCCCGAGGAGGCGCAGGAGCAGAGGCCCUCCCUGGACCUGGCCAAGAUGGCGCAGAACUGUCAGACCUUCAGCAGCCUCAGCUGCCUGAGUGCAGGGACGGAGGACCGCGGCCCUCACAGCCCCUUCGCCCUCCACGUCAGCAGCACCAGGUCCUGGACCGCCUUGCUCUCGGCCUCCGGCACGGGGGGCAGGACCCCCGCCGGGACCCCGAUCCCCGAGCCUCUGCCCCCGUCCCUGGACGACCACCCCGCCUGCCAGGAGGAGCCGUGCUGCGAGGAGGCGGGUGGCUGCGCCCUCGGCGAGGGCUGUGGUGGGCGUGGGGAGCCGGGCACGGCCUGGCGGGACCGCGGGGCUGUCCGCAACAGCCCCUGCUCCCUGGACGGCGAGCUGGACAUUGAGCAGAUAGAGAACAACUGAGAGGCCCCGGCUGGCGGCGGGGCGGGCAGGGCAGGGGGUGCGCUAGAAUCCAUAGGCCUCCCGCCACCUCUCCCCCGACCCCUCUCCCGCCGGGCGCCGGGCAGGGCCCCCAGGGGAGCCCCACGCCUGGGCCUGAUCAGCGCUUCCUGAACGGUCUCGGGGCCCAGGAGCGAGCCCACCACCUCCCCAGACGCCGUCCCGCCCUCGGGGUCCUGGCCCAGCACCAGCCGCCAGGCCGGGCCUGCGGUGCAGGGUCUCAGCCUUUCACCAGCACCGCACCCACGCUCCGUGGAGCUACCACGGCCGGGAGAGAAGCUUCUUGGUUUCGGUCUCCUUCCCCCUCUUUCCCGUGGGAUGUCGGCACAAGCGUCCCACCGUCCCCGCUGGGCAGUCCCGUGGCGCUGCGGCAGGGCUGGCCCGCUCUACGUGCUGACCCCCGGCCCGGGCUUCUGCCCGGGCUCGGGUCCCUCUGCUGGGGUCACGGCCCUUCUCGGCCUCCUGCUCAGGUUCGGGGGGGGGGGGGGGGGAGUCGGCCCACAGCGGCCUCCCUCCCUCAGUCGUGUUCCGUGCCUUCUCUCCCAGGUCUCCCACUUGGGGCCUGGGCGGGGUCGGGAGAGGCUUCCUUCCGUGGUGACACCAGAACCGUUUAGCCUUAAUGCCAAGUGCGGGGCACAGCAGCCCUGGGCUGCCGGGCGGCCUCCACAUCUGGACUCUCAGGGUCCAGGGAACAACUCGGGGCGCUCGUUAGAGGCCGUCUAGUUGAGGAGACAUUUGGUGGCUCUGUUGGCCGCAAAGGCAGAGCCACGAGCCCCUCCUGCGGCGUGGACGGCCUGGCCCCGGGCUUCCUGCUGCUCUGGGGGCUGCUCUGGCAGGGUCGGCAGUUAGCAGCCAUUCUCCGUGACCAGCCUGUCAUGGAGUGUCAGGCGAGUGGAGCGAUGUCACCAUAGAAGGGCGACCUCUUGAAAACGUCCUCAGGAAGCAGGACUUCUGUGCAGGCGCACAGCCCCAGGCCCUGCGCUCGUUUCGGGACGGAGGACGUCUGCUGGCCGCUCUGGGGCCCCGCAGCCUUCACGCGCAGGCUCGUUGUCGGUGGGCCAGGUGGGCCAGGGAGCAGAGGGUGGCGAGUGCCUCUCCCCGCCGCAGGCAUAGAGCGAGAUGCGCGCGUACCCUCCCUGGCUCCGGCCCCCCCCCCCCCCCCCC